AUGUCCCCCGACUCGGCCUCCGUGGCCAUGACCGGCACGCGACCCCGCCGUCGGCUCCACUUCCAUCAUCACCACUCCCAUCCCCACCACCGCCCCGAGGGCUCGCCUGUGCACGCCCACGCCGAUACCCUGGACUUCCUCGCACGCUCUGUCCCCUAUACCCCCCAUCUCCCACGGCAAGACUCGAGCGCCGACUCCUCUCCCUCCCCUUCUAUCUCAUCAGGCUCGAGCGACAGCCCAAGCGACAACGAUAGCAGCAGUGAUAAUACCAGCUCCGCACCCACCGUCGUCCCCGCCGUUGUCCCUUCCUCUCCGAGCCCGAGUGAGGACGUCAAACUGGACGGCCAGCCCUCAGAACAGCCCGCAUCACCACAAACCGAGAGGCAAGCACAGGAAUCAUCCGCCGACCCAGCGCCGGCACCGUCUCAGAAUCAGAAUCAGAACGCUGUUGCUUCGAGCAGUGAGGACACGGGCCCUCGCCCAAGCCCAACCCCGACGUGGACUCCUGAGCCCGAGCCUCAGCCCACUAGUGAACAGCCCUCGACGUCCGACCCCAUUCCGGCCUCAUCGGACCCUGCACCGCAAUGGACACCGUCCUCAGCGUACCAACCUCCACCCGAGACAUACGGCAGCGGGCCCAACGCUCCCGUGUCCCAGUCUGAGACCGUCUGGGAACCAGAGCCGACACCAUCAUCAACACAGGGGUGGGCGUCUGCUCCUGUUCAGGACACUUUGGCGCAGAGUUGGACAGACUGGUCCGCGGCAGCCGAAUCAAUCGUGCCUUCGGACGCGGUUAGCAGCGAAGCCGUCGUUGCGGGUAUCAUUGGGCUUGUAUCGUCCUCGUCAUCCUUGUCAUCAGCCGCUCGCAUUGCCAGCGCGUCGACGGCCUCAGUUGCAAGAAUCUCCUCUCCUUCCGCUGCUUCUGGGAGGACCCUGACGCCAAACGUCCAACCCACCAACCCAGGCGUGACAGCAUCGCAACCACCGCCUUAUGGUGUAUCUGCCUCUGACAAUGUGUCGGGUUCUGCAGAGGCGGCCAGUGCUGGGUCCGGGAGCGAGAUCCUCUCUACUGGAGCGAAGGCUGGUAUCUCCAUCGGCGCAAUUGCCGCUGUCGGUGCCGCAGUGUUCCUCAUCCUCUUCUGCCUCCGACGCCGCAAGCGUAGCAACACUAUCGUCGCCUCUACCGACCGAUCGAAUCCGUAUGCCUUCAGCGCGUACGGUGCCGCCGAGGAGAAGGGUGCGAGCAACCUCCGCCGCAAUGGCACGCAGCACUCCGCGCUCGACUUCUCCGACGGUCCGCUCCCGCCGCAGCAGCGCUCGCGCUGGAGACAUUUAUCCACCUUAGCCGUUCCUUUUGCUGCCAAGGAUAGAAGAUCGCGUGGUAGCAGCGGGCCAGGUAUGGCAGGCGUCGGGUCCACCCCGAGCCGCUUCGACUCGAACCAUCCAAGCUUUGACCGCUCACGUGGUGCCUACCCGUACGCGCGGAGCGAGUCGGACGACGACCACCACGAGGUGAUCCAGGCGGUCGACGACGACGCGUCUAAUUUUCGAAACACUCACUACGAAGAGUGGCUUACCUACGACCGAGCCGGAGUGGUUGGGCAGCCAGCCUCCGCCGGCGUCCCCGUCAAACCUUCAUCUUCCGGACCUGGGCCAAAGCUCCGCCAGCCGCAAGCGCGACGCGUCCCGGUCCCAUCACUCGAUCCCGACCCGUUCGCGGACCACACGGCUCAAGCGGACACCCAAGCGUCUGCCACGGGCAUACAGUCGCGGCCCAUGCCGUCCCGCGCCCGCACCCUCGACAACAUGUAUGGCAUCUACACCGAGGACGAGCCCGUGGUCCAGCACCUGCCCUACCGCGUGACGCCGCCGCCUGUGCAGGCGCAGCAGUUUGUGCAGCCCCAGUCUGCGCUCGUCGGGCAUGCCGUCUAA